UUUUUGUUGUCAUAAUGGGCAGAUACCACACAAGUCAAAGCCUACCUGGAUGUUUGUAACAGAUUAUCAGACAAUAGAUUCAAGACACUAAGAUGGCGAGUAAAUAGCCGCUGGUUUACUUAAAUCCACCCCACCCUCAGGUUUGUUUGUUUGUUGUUUUGGAGCUGGAGACAUGUCCCGGCGUGUUGACUUACAAUUGGCUGCUUUUAGCUUCUUUAUCAUCUAAUAUUAACCACGUCUCAGCGGCCAGUCCGUUCGCUUCUUCGGGGACUGCAGCCGCUGUCAGUCUGUCAGCUUUUCUGCUCAGAGUUGUUGUCCAUUAUGUGUCACCCACAGCUGAGGACACUGAUUUUUGUAGCGUGGGUGCUGGGUUACGUCGCCUUUCUGCUGUCCAUCAGAAGAAUGUGGACCGGGAAGUACGUCCGCAGUCCGCUCGUGCGCUCACUGUUUGUGAACAUGGUGAGCGAGAGCGAGGCGGCCGCCACCGAGACACAAGAGUGGUACCGGUGCUGUCCCGACCUGCUCGGAGAAUCAUUGCGGCCCCUGUUUGUCCAGAGCCACCUGGACUCAGCUACCAAGGCUUUCCUCAAACGGAGUGUGGAAAAGUCCGGCUGGCUGUUCACUCAGCUCUACCAUUCUUUUGUAUCAACAGUCCUCAGUUCUCUGGUCUCCCGCACCUCCAUCAAUGGGUUUCUGGGCCGUGGUUCUAUGUUUGUGUUUUCUGCGGAGCAGUUCCAGAAGCUGCUCCAGAUCAGCCCAGAGUGGAGGGCCGAAAGGCUCCUGGACCUCGGAGCAGGGGAUGGAGGUGUCACAGAGGUGAUGGGAAGCCAUUUCAGAGAGGUCUAUGCAACUGAGGUCUCAUUACCCAUGAAAUGGCAUCUCCAGAGGAGGAAUUACAAAGUGCUGGGUAUAGACGAGUGGCAGCAGACCGGUUUCCAGUAUGAUGUGAUCAGCUGUCUAAACCUGCUGGAUCGCUGCGAUGAUCCCCUACAUCUCUUGCGGGACAUCAGGCGAUCGCUAGUUCCCAACACAGGGAGACUCAUCUUGGCCGCCGUGCUUCCCUUCCAGCCAUAUGUGGAAGUCGGAGGACAAUGGCAACGUCCUAAAGAACACCUAAAAAUAAAAGGAAAGACAUGGGAGGAGCAAGUAACCAACCUGUCCAGUGAAGUUUUCCGAAGGGCGGGGUUUGAGGUGGAGGCCGUGACCAGGGUGCCGUACCUCUGUGAGGGAGACAUGUAUAAUGAUUACUAUGUUCUUGAUGAUGCAGUUUUUGUUCUCAGAGCUUCAGACAGUGGUGAAGAGUUUGCUCAGUGAAUAACAAGUACACUGUGGGACUGAGGCCCUUAACUUUAUCUGGGUAGGUUGCUCUUGGAUGGAUUUUAGUUCGCCUUUCAUUUGCCUCAUUCAUAAAACACAGUAUUUCUGACUUGUUUAGAAAUGUUGAGUCAGGCGUGAAGCUCAGGUACUGUACUUCCUACAUUUACCAGCCAUCUUGUGUGACAGUGAUACCUCUGCCUUUUAAGCAAAAAAAAAAAUGAGUUAAUGGCAAUUUACCACUCCAGGUCAAAUCCUCUGAGACAUAUCACCAUGCUGUGUUUGUUCUGUGAAGUCUGUUAUUUGUGGGAAGUGUUUACUGUUAGUGUUUCAUCAUUCUGUAAUAAUAUUGGGAAGAAUCAUGGUUGAGUCUUUGUUGAAUUUGUUCUUUAAAUAUUUCUGUGUCUAAUGCAAAGGACCAGUAUAUGCACACACUUGAUUUUACCGAUCUGAAUCAGUCUUGUUUAAAUGCUACAUUUUUGUACUUGAUAUGAGCGAUAACAAAAGUAAUAUGAGGUCUUCUUAAAGCGAGCCCUUGUAAUUUAUGUUAAACAGCUGCUACUGUAGCCACAGGUAACAAUUACAGAAUAAUGUUUAAAGCCGCAGUCUGAUUAUUGUCAACUAGGGGCUGCUUAAGAAUUUUUAAAAUAUAUUUUAUCACACAGUAAAGUUGCUAUAGCAACUUGUAAGAAAACAAUUGCAUUUUUACACAUAUAGCAGUCAAUGGCCAACAUUAGCAUUCACUGGGAUUCGUGUUUCUGACCACUUGGUCUCCACCAACUCCUGGGAAACAUAUCUGGCUGGCGAGCAGCUAAAGUUCUGUUUUCAGCAGAUAGUACCUGACUUUUUCUGUCUUACAUUGAAAAGCUGAAAAACAGCUCACUGAGUUCUGAGGUAACUCCAAGUGAGUUUGUCACUAUGAGCAUCCCCUUUCAAAAUAAAUCCAGUCAUUUGACCCAUUGCUAAUAUGAAAAGCAUUGAUUGGUGCAACUUUAAUGAUAAAACAUUGUAACCGUUGCACAAGUAGAAAAAAAAUGAGUCGCCAAACUGACUCAGUGAUGUCAGUUAUGCAGAAAUAUCUAGCUAAAGUUUGCUAAUAUUAGCAAUCUUAAGCUACUGGUCAUACCAGACCAAGCAAGGCUGUAGCAGCAAAUCCCCUGAAUGCAUCGAAUUAUGCAAGGGUGCGUUUUAUUUGCCUAUGAAUAUGACUUUUUUAUUUCUAAGAGAAAGAUUUUUACUUUUUCAGAAGUUACAUGGUCUCGCUUUAAGUCAGUAUUGUGCAUCCAGAAUGUUACUGCACAGCGGACUACUCAAAAUGUGCCACAAUUAAUGCAAUAUUUGUAUUGACAGAGUGUAAUAUGGGCUCCAGAAUAAAAACUGUACAUUA